AUGGCACACCAUGCAUGUCUGCUCACAUUCUGGCUUUUCCUGAUCAUGCCUAUGUGGUGUCUGUCCACAAAUAAGAAUGAGUGCAUCUAUCAGGGAGAAGAAGGCAGCCAAAGUUUCUACCAGGAUGGAGAUGUUAUUCUGGGAGGCCUCUUCCCCCUGCAUUACAGCCCUGUUCCAACAGAGAGAUUUUUCCAAAGCAAACCUGCAGCAACUGAGUACAAGGACUUUAGUUCUCGAGCCCUGAGGUGGAUGAGGACGAUGACCUUUGCAGUGGCAGAGAUUAACCAGAGGCAGGACCUGUUACCAAAGCUGUCUCUGGGCUAUCACAUUCAUGACAGCUGUGAUGACAUACCCGUGUCAGUGAAGAGAUCACUGCUCCUGGUCAAUGGGCAGCCAGAGAAAGAAAGAGGAGCAAGCUGUGCAGAUGUGCGCAGGCAGCCAUCUCCUGUCAUAGUGGGAGAUGCUUCUUCAGGUGUGUCCAUGGCUGUGCUGAGAACUCUGGGCUCAUUCCAAAUACCUUUGGUAAGCUACUUUGCAUCCUGCUCCUGUCUGAGCAAUAAGAAAGAGUUCCCCUCAUUUAUGCGGACAAUGCCAAGUGAUGAAUUUCAGAUUAAAGCUUUAGCAAAGCUAGUCCACUAUUUCCAGUGGAGCUGGGUAGGGCUUAUAGGCGCAGAUUCAGACUAUGCACGAUUUGCCAUUCAGCUGUUUCUGAAGGAGUCUGUCAGGUAUAAUGUGUGCCCUGCAUAUGUGCACUUCUACCCCGUCAUUCUCUCCAAAGAAGCACUGAGGGAGUUAAUGAACAUUAUUCGAGACUCCACAGCCACAGUCAUACUCAACUUCUCUAGUGAAUCAACGCUGCAGACCAUCCUGCAAGAGUGCCGACGACAAAACAUCACGAAUCUGCAGUGGAUCGCCAGUGAAGCCUGGGCCACAUCAAAUGCCCUGUGGGGUGAUUUUAGUGAUCUAUUACAGGGGACACUGGGUUUUGCCAUUAGGAAGGGGGAAAUCCCGAGCCUAUAUAGAUACCUCACAUUGCUGAACACCUCCAACAUUCAAACCUCCCAUUUUUUAUCUGAAUUUUGGGAGGACACUUUCAACUGCCGUGUCAAUGGAUCCUUAAAUACACACAUACACAGACAGGAAGCCCUGAACAGAGUUGCCUGCACUGGGAGGGAAAGUCUGGAUGAUGUGUACACCCUCUAUUCAGAUGUGUCACAGCUUAGAGUGUCCUACAAUGUAUACAAGGCUGUGUACCUUAUAGCACAUGCCUUGCAUGAUAUGAGCACCUGUGUUCCAGGACAGGGCCCCUUUCAUAAUGGAACGUGUGGGAGCCUAAAGUACCUUCUGCCAUGGCAGCUAUUGAGCUACAUGAAACGAGCAAACUUUACAACUCUGGGUGAGGAUGUGAGCUUCGAUGAGCAUGGGGAUCCCAUUGCCUCUUAUGACCUGAUGAGCUGGCAGGUUGCGAGUGAUGGCUCGCUUCAGUUGGUGAAAGUGGGCUUCUAUGAUGCCUCACUGAAGGAUGAGACGAACCUAGUCAUAAAUGAUUCAGUGAUUAUGUGGCACAGUGGGAACAAGGCACCGGUGUCAGUGUGCAGCCAAAGUUGUUUGCCAGGCUCCAGGAAGGCCAGGCGAAAGGGUGAACCCAUAUGCUGCUUUGACUGCAUACCAUGCGCUGAGGGAGAGAUUAGCAAUGAAACAGACUCAAAUGAUUGUUUGAGAUGCUCAAGGGAGAUGUGGCCAAACCAAGCCCGAGAUCAAUGCUUGCCUAAGGUCUUGGAAUACCUGUCCUUUUGGGAGCCACUGGGUAUAGUGCUCUGGGUGGUUUCGACUAUUGGAGCCUGUCUGACUGUGGCAGUGCUUUGUGUGUUUGUGAUGUAUAGGAAUACCCCUGUCAUCCGAGGCAACAAUAUGGAACUCAGCUUCAUGCUUCUCUUGUUCCUUUGUGUGUGCUUUCUGAUAGGUCUGACAUUCAUUGGCAAGCCCACUGAUUGGCGCUGUCAGAUCAGAUACACAGCCUUUGGAAUCAGCUUUGCGCUCUGCAUUGCUUGUAUCUUGGCUAAAACCACUGUGGUUCUGAUGGCUUUCAGGGCCACUCUUCCUGGUAGUGAUGUCAUGAAGUGGUUUGGACCCGCUAAGCAGAGAUUCAGUGUCAUAUUCUGCUCUUGUAUUCAAGCUCUUGUUUGCAUCAUAUGGCUAACGACCAAGCCUCCCUUUGCUGCUAAUAGAACUCAGUUUCUGAGUGCUACUAUAAUUGUAGAGUGUGAUGUGGGAUCUGAGAUAGGAUUCUGGUGUGUGUUGGGAUACAUUGGCCUCUUGGCUUGCACAUGCUUUUUAACAGCUUUUUUGGCCAGAAAACUUCCAGAUAAUUUCAACGAGGCAAAAUGUAUCACUUUCAGUAUGGUCAUCUUUUUUGCUGUGUGGAUAACCUUCAUCCCUGUUUAUGUGAGUACUCGUGGAAAGUACAUGGUUGCUGUGCAUGUGUUUGCCAUAUUAGCUUCUGCUUUUGGUCUCCUUUUGUGUAUAUUUGCUCCAAAAUGUUAUGUUGUGCUGUUGAGACCUGAAAAAAACAUUAGAAAGAAUAUGAUGAAAAAAUAG